CUCACAGUCCUACAUCCGGGUCCGGGUCAGGGACCAGGAUUGGUUCCUCACGCUGAAACCAGCAUGGCAGCAAAGAACAGGAGGCGCAGAAUGUCCGACCCGGUUCUGCCCGAAGAAGAGGUUCUGGAGCAGGAGGAGGAAGGAGGUGAGGACGAGCUGAGCCUGGACGAGGUCCUACGACUCGGAGGGACUCGGGCGGACUACAUCCUGCUGUCUGCCGUCAGCGACUCCAACGAGCUCGUGGAUGGAGGGAAGAAAGGCGCCAUCGAUGACCUGGAGGAGGGCGAGCUGCAGGCCUUCAUCACCAAACUGGGCAUCCGGGCCUACGCUGAGCACCAGAACAUCCCAGACGGGCCCGAGGACGGUUCUGAUGGUUCCGACGGGCCCGAGGACGGAGGAGACCCUGGAGGCGAUGAAAAGGUCAAAGGUCAUCAGGCAGCGGCAGAUGAAGAACCGCCCACUCCUCAGAUCAAAGACAAGAAACCCAAGAAGAAGAAAAAAGAACCGGGUUCAUCCAAGACCAAGCAGAACCAGAACCUGUUUGAGUUCCAGCCCCGGCAGUUUCUGCUCAUCAGACCCAGAGUGAAGUGGUUCGAGCUGGAGUACGCCUCUGAGGGCUCGUCAGAACCACAGGAUCCAGUUCUGGUGAGUCGGUACCAGACUCUGGCCCAGCAGCUCUUCGAGUCCGAGGUGGACCUGUACAGAACCAAGAAGAACAUGCAGAAAGGAGCCAACUCAGCCUGGAUGAAGACGGUGGUGUCCUCUGGUGUGCUGGCCGACAGGAUGGCGGCCAUGACAGUUCUGGUCCAGGAUGCCCCGGUCCACUCGUUGGACCACGUGGAGACGCUGGUGACCCUGGUGUCCAAGAAGGGCGGGCGGAGGACGGGUCUGAUGGCGCUGGACACGCUGCGGGACCUGCUGCUGUCCAACCUGCUGCCGGAGCACAGGAAGCUCCGCCCCUUCGCCCAGCACCCCUUCCAGGACCUGGAGGAGCGGGCGGGCGGGAACCGGGACGCCCGGGACCGCCGCCUGGUCCUCUGGUACUUCGAGGACCGCCUGAAGGGCCUGGCGGCCCGCUUCGUGGAGGCACUGAGCGCCACGGCCCGCGACACGGUGCCGGCGGUCCGAACCAAGGCGCUAAGCUCCGCCUACCAGCUGCUGAGCGAGCGGCCCGAGCAGGAGCGGGCCCUGCUGGGCCAGGUGGUCAACAAGCUGGGAGACCCCGCCUACAAGAUGGCCGCCAAGGCCUCGCACCUGCUGGAGCUGCUGCUGCGGCGCCACCCCAACAUGAAGGCGGCGGUGUGCGAGGAGGUGGAGCGCCUCCUGUUCCGGCCCAACCUCGGCGCCAAGGCCCGGUACUACGCCGUGUGCUUCCUGAACCAGGUGGUCCUGAGCCACGAGGAGUCCGGGCUGGCGGCCCGCCUCCUCGCCCUCUACUUCUCCUUCUUCCAGACCUGCAUCAAAACCGGAUCCGUGGAGUCCAAGAUGCUCAGCGCCCUGCUGUCCGGCGUCAACCGGGCCUACCCGUACGCCGGCGCCGGGGACCAGAAGGUCAAGGAGCAGCUGGAGACCCUGUUCCGGGUGGUCCACCUGGCCCGCUUCAACACGGCCGUGCAGGCUCUGAUGCUGCUCUUCCAGGUUCUGGACUCGCAGCAGAGUCUGUCGGACCGCUUCUAUGUGACCCUGUACAGGAAGCUUCUGGACCCGGGUCUGUCAGGCUCCUCCAGGCAGAACCUGUUCCUGAACCUGCUCUACAAGUCCAUGAAGUCGGACGUGGCGCCGAGGCGGGUCCGGGCCUUCAUCAAGAGGCUGCUGCAGGUCGGCGCCGAGCAGAACCCCAGCUUCACCUGCGGGGCGCUCUUCCUGGUCUCUGAGGUUCUGAAGGCCAAACCGGGCCUGAAGGUUCUGCUGCAGGAGGCCGGGGUCGGGGAGGAUGAGGAGGAUUUUAAAGACCUUUCAGAGGACAUGAGUGAUGAAGAGGAGAAGUUUGUGGAUGCAGACAGAACCGAAGACGGGUCGGGUCCAGCAGGGGGCAAACCCACAGCAUCAUGGGUCCAUCACCAGAACCUGGAAGGACGCAGGAGUUCUCAGAACUACGACCCGCUGCACAGAAACCCGUUGUUCUGCGGCGCCGAUCACGCCUCCUUAUGGGAACUGCACAGGCUGGCUCAGAACUUCCACCCGUCUGUGGCGCUGUUCGCUAAAACCCUCCUGCAGGGAGACUCCAUACAGUACUCUGGAGACCCGCUCCAGGACUUCACCCUCAUCAGGUUUUUGGACCGGUUCGUUUUCAGGAACCCCAAACAGCUGAAGGGAAAACAAAACACAGACUCUGUGGUGCUGAGACCCAAACAGAGGACUCCUGUGAACCCCCUACCAGUCAACUGUCCCGAGUUCCUGUCCAGGGAUGAGAGUCAGAUUCGUGUUGAUGAAAUCUUCUUUCACCGCUUCUUUAAGAAAAGGCAGCAGGAGAAACAGAGCCGGCAGCCGAGGAGAGAUGGAGACAAUGAGAGCGUGGAGGACGUGGACGAUGACGAGUUUGAGAAAGUUCUGGAUUCAGCUGAAGGAGACUCGUACUUCACAGACGUGGCUGAAGAUCUGGACUUCGCUGGGAACGUGAAGGGGAAGACGGGGAAGAAGAAAGGGGACGAGUCAGACAUGGACGACUCAGAUGUGGACGAGUUGGACGAUGAAGAGGUGUCUCUGGGCAGCAUGGAUGAGGAAGACUUUGGUGACGAACUGGAGGAGGAAGGAGGAACCUUCAUGGAUCCUAAUGAAGAUGAUGAUCCAGAGCUGGAGGAGGAAGAGGAGGAGGGUGGUUCAGACGAGCAGAUGGACGUUCCUGAUGUGGUUCCUCAGUCCCAGAAGAAGAAGAGGAAGUUCUCUGAGCAGCGGAACCUCUCCGGUUCUUCAGGUUCCACUAAAGGAAAGAAGUUGAAGAAAGGAGCAGCAGCCAUGUUUGCUUCAGCUGAGGAGUUCGGCUUGCUUCUGGAUGAAAACACCAACUCCAGAUUCAGCAUCGGCCUGAACGCCAUGGCAACCAGUGAUAAAGCAGGUCUGAAGCAGCUUAAGUGGGAGGCUCAGAGGGACGCCUGGAUCCACGGCCGCGACGACAAGACUCUGCGCCGGAAGAAGACCUCCUUCAACAGGAGGAAGGCCGUGGGCUCAGCCCGGAAGUUCAGGAAGAGGAAGUAGUUCCUGACGCUGGACUCCUCAGUCCUGUUUGGUCGACCAGACCUGGCGGUCCAACUCACGGGUCCCGUAGACCCCGGCCAUCUCAUUGGAGCGAUAAUAAACUGGGACAGAAGCAGAAAAUCAGCUGUUUGUUCUGGAAAAGUAGAACUUUCUUUGUCUUCAGAAUCAAAGUUUUUAUGAAUAUCCUGGUUCUUCUGGGACCAAGUCCAGUUCUGAGACCUGAGUCCACAGUCCAGCUGAAAAACUUGUAAUAUUCAGUCUUUGUAAUAAAACUGUUAUGUUGAAGCUA